UAUGUGGCUUUAUGUGGUUGCCGUGGUGGGCCUCUACCACCUUCUACGCUGGUACCUGGAGAGGCAGGUGGUGAGCCAGCUGUGGGACAAGUACGUCUUCAUCACGGGCUGUGACUCGGGCUUCGGGAACCUGCUAGCCAAGCAGCUGGACCUGCGUGGCUUGAGGGUGCUGGCUGCGUGUCUGACUGAGAAGGGGGCCGAGACACUGAAGGCACAGACUUCAGACAGGCUGGAAACUGUGAUCCUGGAUGUCACCAAGUCAGAGAGCAUCGCCGCUGCCACCCAGUGGGUGAAAGAGCACACGGGAGACAGAGGUCUCUGGGGUCUGGUGAACAAUGCUGGCAUCUCAGUACCCACAGCUCCCAAUUUGUGGAUGACCAAACAGGACUUCAUGAAAAUAUUGGAUGUGAACUUGUUGGGAGUGAUUGAGGUAACCCUGAGUCUACUGCCCCAACUGCUGAAAGCUAAGGGCCGUGUGGUCAAUGUCUCCAGUGUUGCGGGUCGUGUGUCCAUUGUUGGUGGUGGCUACUGCGUCUCUAAGUAUGGCAUUCAGGCCUUCUCAGAUUCCCUCAGGUAA